GGUAAAAGUUUUGUGGAGUUUGCUGAAGAUAUGAAGAAUACGUAUGCACCAUAUUGUAGAAAUCAUGAUGAAGUUAUUACUGUUAUGGAAAAGUAUAAAGGUAAUCCAGAAAUACGAGAAUAUUUCCAGAAGCUAAUAAACAACAUGAGAGAAUAUUGUAAUGUGUUUGAUCUCGAUGCCUUAUUAAUUAAACCAGUUCAGAGAAUUCUAAAAUAUCCACUAUUUCUAGGAGAACUAUUGAGGGUAACAGAAGACAGUCAUAAAGAUAAAGUUGAAGUGUGUCAAGCUAUCAAUGCUGUCACUGAUGUAGCUAAAGCUAUUAAUGAAUAUAAACGUAGAAAAGAUUUAGUAUAUAAAUAUAAGAGAGAGUCUGAUGCUAGUCUAGGUGAAAUGUUCUCUAAGUUAAAUCUCCACACAUUGAAGAAGAAAUCAAACAGAAUGAGAGGUAGAUUAUCUAAUACGAUGGGAAUCAGUUUACAGACAAGAGAUGAGAAUUUUGAGAGAGAAGAAAAUAGAUUUCGAAGUUUAGAAAAAGCUGUAAAAGUUUUAUUGAAAGAUGUACAGUGUUAUAUGGAUAAUGUACAGGUAAGACUUGAUUAUAGUAACAUCUACAUAAAGAUAAUAUAUGAAGUUAAAAAAUUUAAAUCUUUAUAUCUGAAAAUAUCACAGCAACAUUAUCCACAACUUAGAAGUACAGUCGAACAGUUAGUUAUAAUCCCUCUCAAUAAACUAACAGUAAUGUUUAAUGGACCUAUAAAAGUUAUUGAGAAACGUUUUGAUAAAUUAUUGGAUUAUGAUAAUUUGUUUAAAAAGUCUAAAGACACAGGAAAGUAUAAUGAUGCCCUGGACUCAGCUAAAAAUGAUUAUGAAGCAAUGAAUGCCCAGUUACUGGAUGAACUUCCUAAAUUAUAUAGACUUGUAUAUCAAGUCUUUACAGAUUGUAUGAGAUGUUUUAUACAAGCUCAGAAGAAAUAUUUAGAUAUAUCAUUACAAGAAACUUACUCAAUAUUAGACAGUUUUAUAGAAACGUUUAAUGUAAAACAUACAUCAGUAUUAGACCGGAUAUCAGGGUUGAGUUUUAUUCCUCGUGGUUUUAAUCCGAAAUAUGACAGUCUACAUCGUCAAGAUAGUGUUAAAACAGAGAAGAAGAAACGUAUAUCAGAUACCGGACUGAGUAUACAAAGUGAAAGUCAGAAAGUCUUUGUAAUACAGCAGUUCCCAAGAGACAAGUUAUACCAGGUGAAUAGAAACUAUAAGGCAAGUGAUUUAAUGGAUCUGUGUUUAAACCAAGGAACAGUGGUAGGUGUCUUAAAGGAACAGGAUCCGAUGGGAAAUAAAGAUAAAUGGUUUGUAGAUGAUGGAAGUAAUAAAGGUUUCAUCCACAAAUCAGCUUUAUCUCUCUUUCAAAGUAGUUUAAACUCGGAUCCAAUAGAAGUUUCACACAUUCAUUUUUUAUUGCAGUAUUAUUAUUCAGAAUAUAGUUUUACAGCCCGAAAUCAAAACGAGGUGACGUUAUUCGAGGGACAGGUGGUAACAGUAUUAGCUAAACAUGACUUAAAUAGUAACACUGAGUGGUGGUUGGUCGAUGCUGAUGGUAACCAUGGUUAUGUCCCUAGCAACUAUCUGAAAGCAAUG